AUGGCGAGGGAGCAGGUGGAGGGGAACACGUGUCAAUGCUUCAAUAUUACGUGUGAUAAGUCCAGCAAUGGUCCAUGCUCUGAUGAAAAAUGUACUACGUGCAAGUCGUGCUGCGAUCCUAACUGCAAGCGCUGCAAGGAUAAAUGCAAGAAAAACGAUCCUUGUAGAUGUCAUAUUCCCCGCUGUGGUUGUCAAGAAGAUUGUUAUGGAGACGGCAAAGAUGGUAAAUGCAAAGGAAAAGAGAAGAAUGAUUGUAAGAGAUGCGAGACAAAAUGCGAAAAAGGGCAACCAUGUCUAUGUUAUCAAUGCAGUUGCGGAACGAAAUGUAAUGGCGUUAUUUGUAGCUGCUGUAGCUGGUGUGAUCCGAGGAAUUGUAAUGGAAAAGGGUGUAAUGGCUACGUAAUCGGCAGGUGCGGAGACAAAAAGCCAAGGCCUGAUAAAUGCCAAGGCCACGUCAAAUACGACAACUACGACGACAAAUACGGCGCUGUAUUGGUUCGCACUACUAAAAAUGUAAUCGUGUGCGAUAAAAUGCCCCACCCAGGCGAGGAAUGUACUGAAAACAACUGCAAUUGGCUUGGUGGUGUACUGCAGCCCGACGGCAAUUGCAUCAUUUAUUGCACAUACUGCGGUAAACUAUGCGGCCAAGAUAAAUUUAGGCGCUGCUGCUACAUAGCUGUUCCCUUGGUUAUCACUGUGUCAGCAUUCCUUAUUUUUAGGUUUAUGCUUCCCGAGAAGUUCCACGCGAUUACGACUAAAAUACGUGCCGCAUUUCCCAGUGCUCCUAGGCAUCCCGGAAGAUCCCUGACUAAUCUCGUCGGUGGCGGACUUCCCGAUGUUAACGUUGACCGCUACGCCGCCUUCCGUCCAAGGACAUACGCUGGCUUAUCGUAG